AUGACGGCCAUCCAGGCCAUCUACGUCCGCGGCUGGGAGGAGCGGCCAGAGCCCAAGGCCCACGUCGUGUACCGCAUCGAGAUCCAGGCGUCCGUCCGCUCCUGGCACAUGUGGCGCCGCUACUCCGAGUUCGUCGAUCUCCACACCGAGCUCACAAAGUCCACCGGCGCACCCCCGCCCGCAGACCUCCCGCCCAAGCACCCCUUCUCCCUCUUCCGCACCCAGAACCCCGCCAACCUCGAGGAGCGCCGCGCCGCCCUCGAGCACUACCUCCGUGCCAUCCUCAGCGCGAAGGACGACCGCUGGCGCGAGGUCUUUGCCCUCCGUGACUUCCUCGGCGUGCCCGUUGGCAAGCACGGCGGUGUUGGCGGCGGCGACCCCGGUGCGCCCGCACAGUUCACAUCCUCUUCGUGGCUCGACGAGCACACGGACCUCCAGGCGCGCGUGCGCGACGUCCGCGCGGACAUCAACCGGCGCGAUGCGCUCGCGGACCGCGGCGACGUCUCUGCCUCGCACCAGUCAAACGUGCAAGCCAAGAAGAAGCUCGCGGGCAUUCUCACGCGCGUAGGGGCACUUGACGAUGGGCUGCGCGCGCUGGGCAUGAGCGGGAUGAGCGAGGGCGAGCUGCAGCGGCGCUCGGACAUGGUCGCGCGGUUGCGGGACGACUGCGAGAAGCUCGCCAAGAUGGUCACCGUCGCGCGACUGACUUCGCGUGGUCUGGGCUCGUCGGCGGAGCGCAACCCAGCCGCAUCCUCGGAUCGUGCGGCUCUGCUGGACUCUGCCUCGUCGUCUGGCUUCAACAGACCGGUGCGAGUAUUCGGUGCGGCUGCAAAGCCACAGGAGACCGAGCAGACACGGCCACUGGAUGAUCACGGCGUGCUCCAGCUUCAGCAGACACAAAUGGACCAGCAAGACCAGCAACUCUCCUCGCUGACCACGAUCCUGCAGCGGCAGCGACAGCUCGGCUUAGCGAUCCAUAGCGAAAUCUCACAGCAGAAUGAGAUGCUCGACGACCUGACCAACGAGGUCGACCGGGUUGGAGGGAAGCUCACGUCUACGAAGAAGCAGAUGAACAGGCUAGGAUAA